ACCGGUUCGAAAACAUAACAAAAAACGUACGAGCGACCAGUCUUCCGAAAGGAGAAGGCACCCCUGCGGGGUGCACGUGGGUCAUAAUUCUGUAUGGAAAAAGGGAAACGUCGCUCCGAGAGACGGAAAGUUGCAGGGUGAAGAGAUGGACUCCUCCGGUCCGCCCCGAGCCCUCAGCGGGACGGGUUUACCGGCUGCUGUAAGCUCGGCAUACCCGGGGAGGUCCAGAGGCAUAACAGAUGCAGCAGUCGUUGUGAUGCCGGGGUCGCUUCAGGGAUGCAGUCAGCUGGCUUGGAGAAGUUCUGCGCGGCUGUUGAUACGCUGUGGGUGGCGAAUGCUUUUGGUGGCUGGUGAAAGAAGUGCAGGAGGACACGUGCACUGCUGAGGUCGGCUGCUGAGGCAGAAGGGUCUCUUUGUUAGGACGGGGAGUUUGUGGUACUCUUUAGGAAGGGAUUAAACAAGCAGCUGCCAGCAGGGCUGCGGGUCCCAGGCCGUGGCAGCCAUUCAGCCUUUGUGAUGCUUUUGCACGAUUUCCCAUCAGUCUAUAGCAGAAGUUUUUUGAGACUUUUUUAUUAUUAUUUAAUUAAUUAUUUUUGACUUUGCACUCCAGAAUUUCAUUCUGCCUUCCUUACUGCAGAAUCCUUCCUCCGGAGUCAGCGUUAAGCAGAGGAACGUUCUGCUUUCUUUCUUCCUGGGGUUUCACGUCUCCCCUGCCUUAAAAUUAUUCUCCCCUGUGAAUAUUUCAGCGUGCUGCUGCUCAAAGGCUUCCUAACGAGGAAGGAAAAGGGCAAUUCAUGCGGCUCAUGGCAGUUCCCCAGCUGAACUCUGAAACUCUGAAAGCACCUCAGGAGCUGAACGCCACUGUGCUAAAAGAUCAACUGCAGCAGCAGAGGCACUGAACGUGUGCCCAGAACUGGAGGAGCGUGCCUUUGUGACCUCCAAGUUCUGCUGAAUUUGGUGAUAACGCUGACAUGCGAGGUCCUAUUAGAAGCUCGGGUGCGCUCUACAUUGUUGGGGGAUCUUUUGGACUCCGUGAGUUUGCUCAGAUAAGAUACGACGUCCACAAACUACAUGGCAAGGUUGAUCCUGCUUUGAAGGAAAAAUUGAAGCAGAACAAUGUGACGUUGGAGUCUGAAUAUGAGAAAUUGGAACAAUCUGACUUGGAUAACUGGGAGAACAUCAGAGGACCCCAGCUGUGGGAAGAUUCCAGGGCUGUUCAGAAGCAGCGGCGGGAGGCUGCCCGUCUCAAGACAGAGUGAUUGAGCAAGUCUGCUUUGCUGUCUACAGAGCCAAGUAUCAGGCUGGACUACCUUAUUUUCUAAUCCAGCAUCAGGAACAGAUUUGGGACAGAAGAAUUGCCCUGAGCCAUUCAUGCCACUAUGUAUAUAACUAAAUGUGAGAUCAAACCAAAAAGCACUAUGUUGUAUGAAGUUCUUUGUUUGCAUCCAUUUGCACAGAAUUCUACAGGCUGUAUAUGAGAGUUCUCAAUUAAAAAAAAAAAAAAAAAAAAAAAAAAGCUGAUUUUGGGACUAUCACAGUUUUCCUUUUUCUUUGUUUUUCAACAACUGCAGUUCAAAAGUGAGGUGCUUCAGCAAGAGUUCACAUUUCAAGAGUCAUUUCUCAGUGCCACAGUGAAAACAACAGUGCUGUCAUCUUGAUGUGUGUGACCAGAUAAGUGCUGCUUUGGAGAGCCCCUGCGUGACUUCAAGCUCUUAAGCUUGGAAGGAACUCCACAGGCAUAUGAACUGUUCAGAAACAGUGAGCUUGUUUUUUGCUAAAUAAUAUUCUUGUGUUUCUUUUUCAGGAACUUGUCUGUACAGCACUGUGUGCAGAGUGUCAGCUGGUAAUUGGUCAAGUUGCAUUUAUUUAGCUAUGGGCUGAUUUUUUUAUUAGUUUAACUAUCAAUGUCUGCAUGCAGGCAGGACCUUUGUGUUGGAGCUUCUCAGCUUAAGUUACCAAGACCUGUGCAGUUUUCAUGUGAGCAAGCAUUGCAACAACAUCUUCCUGAAGCACUGUGUAGUGAUAAAGCGCAUCUUACGUGUAUGAUUAAGUGUAUAUUUGUUCACAUGCAUGGAAAUGCUUACCUUUUGAUGAAUUAUUCAGAACUGUCUUUUUGUCUUUGCUGCUUAUUUGCUAUUAGAGGAGGACAUGCUUCUUCAGAGGAAUGGAGCACUAGAGCACUGAUUAACAGUAGAUUCUGGAUUCAGAGUAUUCAGUGAUGCCUUUAGGUAGAAACCUUGGGAACUCACAAACGUGUGGCUUUUCUCUCUGCAGAGGAUUUGUCAAAUGCAAUUGAAAUGUACUUUCGGACACUUUA